AUGCAUCUGCACUUCCUGAAUGCCACUAGAAACCGAAAAGCGAAAAUAAACGGAAGUGACGAAUAUGUCGCUGUAACUGGGCAGCAACAGCUCCUAAAACCUUGCAUCUCACUCUCUAAGUUCCCUUUCAAGCUUUGGUUGAGGCAAGCAGGCCAAAAGAACAUGAUAAAACAAAGUUGGCUGAGAUGUCGGACCUCACAUCGACACCGCGUACUAUUCAAGGACGGGGCUGCUCAGCUGCAUCAAACCUUGGAUCGCCGAACGACACGUAAUCAAAAUCAAAUUCUCUGGAUGGAGUUUAGAAAGUACUUAGGGUUUAGAAGGCAAGACGCAUUACCACAUCAACAGAGCGCAAGAAGUACCAGAGCUGGUCAACGGUGGUAG